AGAAUUUUCUGUGGUCUCGGCUUGCUCAGACUCAGCAGGAGAGAAUGGAGAUCAGAUUAGAUUGACACUCUGGAUUUGGACCCCGGCUGCCUCGGUGACUACUUUGCUAAAUAAUUGAUCCCUCAGCUUGUGACUGGUUGAAAAUGAGGAAAGCAGCACUGAUGGUUUGGAUCAGCCUUUUGGUGCAAGUGUCCCAUGGUGCCCAGGGUCACUACGCCCACAAACUUCUGAAUGAUCUGAUGGAGAACUACUCCAACGCUCUGAGACCUGUAGAGGACACAGACGACGCCCUGAAUGUCUCCUUGCAGAUCACACUGUCACAGAUCAAAGACAUGGAUGAGAGGAACCAGGUGCUAACCACAUACCUGUGGAUCAGGCAAGUGUGGUAUGAUGCCUACCUGAAGUGGGACAAGGAGGACUAUGAUGACCUAGAGAUGAUCAACAUCCCCAGUGACCUGGUUUGGAAGCCUGACAUCGUCCUCUACAACAAAGCAGAUGAGGAUUCGUCAGGUCAAUCCAACACCAACGUGAAGCUGCGUUACAAUGGGGAGAUCGUCUGGGACUCUCCAGCCAUCACAAAGAGCACCUGUGUGGUGGACGUCUCCUACUUCCCCUUCGACUGGCAGCAGUGCAACCUCACCUUCGGCUCCUGGACCUACAAUGGAAACCAGGUGGACAUCAGCUUGGGAAUGGACAGCGGCGACCUGUCUGACUUUGUGGAGAACGUGGAGUGGGAGUGCCACGGCAUGCCGGCCGUUAGAAACGUCAUGAUGUAUGGCUGCUGCUCUGAUCCUUACACUGAAAUCACCUACACCCUGCUCCUGAAGCGCCGCUCCUCUUUCUACAUCUUCAACCUGCUUGUGCCUUGUUUCCUCAUCUCGUUCCUGGCCCCGCUGGGUUUCUACCUGCCGGCUGACUCCGGGGAAAAGGUUUCCCUGGGGGUCACGGUACUGCUGGCACUCACUGUGUUCCAGUUGCUGGUGGCUGAGAGCAUGCCUCCUGCAGAAAGCAUGCCUUAUAUAGGGAAGUACUACAUAGCCACCAUGACUAUGAUCACAGCCUCCACCUCUCUCACCAUCUUCAUCAUGAACAUUCAUUUCUGUGGAGCUGAGGCCAAGCCAGUCCCUCACUGGGCUAAGGUGCUCAUCAUAGACUACAUGUCCAAAAUCUUCUUCGUCUACGAGGUGGGGGAGAACUGCACCACACCAGAGAGUGAGAGGACCCCUCUGUACCCAGAGGAACCCAUGAGUGACAGGAACUGCUACCCUGAUGACUGUUACAACAAUGGCCUCUACCAUUAUGACAACGACCAGUACAAGUACAGUAAUGGCCACAGCGUGCAUCAUCACAACAAACAUCACAAAAACCAGGCAAACGGCAAUGCAAACAGCAGACAUCACCACUACAACAACCAUAACAACCAUGCCUCCAGACUGGAGAGGGGUGAGGGGAAGCGAGAGUCCACACAACGCUACCAACACAUCAGGCGGGACGAACUGGACUACCAGGCCCCUCCUCAUCCACGAAACCUCCAGCACCUGAAUGGAGGGCUGAAGGAGCAGCUCCUCUAUCCCUCAGAUAAACUUCAGGUCCCAGCCUGCCCCUGCAGCUGCCCCUGCCUCCAACAUAAUCAGGUGGUGAAGAACAUCCAGUACAUCGCAAACUGCUUCCGUGAGCAGAGAGCUACUUGCGUCAAGGCAGCGGAGUGGAAGAAGGUUGCCAAGGUGAUGGAUAGAUUUUUCAUGUGGAUCUUCUUCGUCAUGGUCUUCCUCAUGAGCAUUCUCAUCAUCGCCAAGGCAUCCUGACAGCCUCCUCCUCAUCUUUUUACCAUCAUUGCUGGACCUUUGUGUUACUCAAGAGUCGCCUCAUUUCAGCUUUGAUGCAAAAGUCAGAGAAUCAAAACUGAAAGGGUGUUUCAUGUGUCGGUAUUGUGCUGUGUGUGUGUGUGUGUUUGUGUAGGUUCAUCAUUGCGUUUUGCUUUGACAUAAAGAGGACAAGGUCACUGCACAUAAAUCAUCCAUUUAAACACUCUCACAGAAAUUCAUCAAAGCCUCUCGGUUAGUUAACGUCAGGUGUGUUUGCAUGUGUGACAGAGCAGUGGAGCGGUAAGACAAUCUAGGCCUCGCCUUGAACACGCGUGGACUCUCCAUUAUUGAUGAACUAACAGCCAGACAUCCAGCUAUAGGCAUUACAUUACUUACAUUACAUUUAAGCAGCCAGAUGAUGCUGUUUUCCAGAGUCAGUCACAACGAGAGCACCAGCAGAGUAACCUUGAAUGCUUAUGAAACGACCUUACCUUGUGAUGAAAAAGAGGCCAAAGGUCAGUGACACAGUUAGCAGGCACUAAUGAAUGGUGAAUCACACACGUCCAUACAUCAUUCAUGGUGGAGCAAUGCAAAGUGAGGACAUUAAAGCCAGGCAGAAGUUCUAAAGUGUUUUUUUUUUCCAGGUCUAAGAUGUACUGGUUUACAUAAGCUGUGAAUACUUAAAUGUGUGACUUGGAGAGUAAGAAUGAAUGUUUCUGUCCUUCACUUUUUAAUGUAAAGCCUACCUCCUGAGUGUGAAGGGUGGAUACACUGUUACUUUUGACUAACACUUUGCUCAUUGUUCCAGUAAAAAAUAAACCUUUGAUAUAUUGUUAUAAGAAAUGCUCGACAAGAGUUCUCUUACAUGUUCUCCUCGUUUCUUCUAUUCGCUGUUCAAACAGUUUGCUUUGUGAUACAAAUUAAACUAAUGAGCUUUUAA